AUGGAAGGAAUUUUUGGAAAUGCAAGUGCAAUAUUGGUGAAUGGAAAUGAUAAGCUUUGUGGGGGAAUUGUGGAGUUACAUCUGCCUACAUGCACAAACCAUGGAUUUAUGAAACGAAAAAAGUCCAAUACUCUUAGAACAAUUUUGGCGAUCAUUGGUGGGGUUCUUGGUUUUCUUUUCAUAUCUUCCUUUCUUACUCUUUAUUGGAUAAGAAAAUCAAAAAGUAAAACUCCAUCCACACCAUUAAUUGGUGACCCAUUCUUAAAGCUUUCUUACAAAGAGCUCUUCCAAGCUAUUGGAGGAUUUUCUUCAGCUAAUUUCAUAGGUUCUGAUAAUUUUGGCUCUGUAUAUAAAGGGAUUAUCGACCAGGAUAAAACAAUUGUCGCAAUCAAAGUACUCAACCUUCAAAAUCCAAGAGUUUACAAGAACUUCAUGGCUGAAUGUGAAGCAUUAAGAAAUAUUCUGCAUCGAAAUCUUGUCAAUAUUAUAACUUCCUGUUCAAGUCUUGAUUCAAAAGGCAAAGAUUUCAAAGCCCUUGUUUAUGAGUUCAUGCCGAAUGGGAGUCUGGAUGAUUGGUUGCAUCCACCGACGGAGGCACAUGGUGAUUCAAGGAAUUUAAGCCUUCUUCAAAGAUUAAACAUCGCAGUUGAUAUGGCUUCUACAAUCAAUUACCUUCAUUACCACUGCCAUGCUUCAAUUGUUCAUUGCGACUUGAAGCCAAGCAAUGUUCUACUUGACAAUGAUAUGACUGCACAUAUCAGUGAUUUUGAUUUGGCGAAGCUACUUUUAAAACCUAACAACAAUUUAUCGAAGUCUCAAACUAGUACCAUUGGGAUAAAAGGAUCUAUCAGCUACGCUGCUCCAGGUUCAAGAUCAGAUGUAAGAAUUGAAACUAUAACUCUAAAAGAAGGAUUGCAACAAGCCAAAAGCAUGAAUAUUGAUGAGCAACCAGGGGAGUCUAAUAUGUACAAAGGAGACAGUACGUGA